AAACACUCAUCACCCAAACAAAAUUUAACCAACUCUAAACCUAUAUCUCCUGCAUGUUAACAAUUCCCUUUGUUAAGAUGAAUAACUUUCCAUUUUUAGCAACCCUAAUUUCAUGUGUGGUUCUUCUCCUCUCUCCGAUGGCGUAUGGAUACACGAAAUCGGAGAUCGCUUCAUGGUGUGGCCAAACACCUCACCCGGAAACUUGCCAAUAUUUCUUGGCGAAAAAUCAACAUGCGGGACCCGUAAAACAAAAACCCGAUUUCAUUAGGGCAUUAAUAAAGGCGGCCCUAGAGGGAGCGGAACACGCAGAGUCACACACUCGUGGGCUCGGUUCAAAAUGUCAUAACAAGCUUGAAAAGGUUGCAUGGGAAGACUGCGUUGAGCUUUACGAAGAGACUGUUAUGAGGAUCAACAUGACUGUUGAUCCUCGAAAGCCGUGCAGCCAGUAUGAAAUGCAAACCUGGCUCAGCACGGCUCUCACUAAUCUCCAAACGUGUAUAUAUGGGUUUAAUGACCUAGGUGUUGGUGGCGACUUGUUGCCACUAUUAAAAAACAAUGUAUCCUCUUUGAUUAGUAAUACACUAGCCAUGAAUAAAGGCGGGUCUUCGAAUAAGAACUUUAGUUACCGAAAAGGGUUCCCUACUUGGGUUAAGCCGGGUGAUCGCAAGCUAUUGCAAUCUACAAACCCGUCUUCUAAUGCGAAUGUUGUGGUGGCUCAAGAUGGUUCGGGCAACUAUAAGACGGUAGGAGAAGCUGUAGCCGCUGCUGGAAAGCGAUCGGGCAGUGGUAGGUAUGUGAUAUACGUGAAGGCGGGUACUUACAGGGAGAAUAUCGAAAUCGGUACAAAGUUGAAGAACAUAAUGCUAGUUGGAGAUGGUAUUGGAAAAACAAUCAUAACCGGUAGCAAAAGCGUCGGUGGAGGUGCUACAACAUUCAAAUCAGCAACUGUUGCUGUUGUGGGAGACGGAUUUAUCGGUCGUGGCAUCACGUUUCGAAACACUGCCGGGCCACAAAACCAUCAAGCCGUGGCGCUUCGAAGUGGUUCUGAUCUUUCGGUAUUCUACCAAUGCAGCUUUGAAGGCUACCAAGACACACUCUAUGUCCACUCGGAUAGACAAUUCUAUAGAGAUUGUGACAUAUACGGGACAGUUGAUUUCAUUUUUGGCAACGCGGCCGUAGUGUUUCAAAACUGCAACAUUUACGCCCGUAACCCUCCUAACAAGACCAACACCAUCACCGCACAAGGCCGAACUGAUCCAAAUCAAAACACUGGAAUCUCAAUCCAAAACUGUCGUGUCACAGCCGCCUCGGACCUAAAAGGGUCCACAGGGUCCGUUAAGACCUAUCUUGGUAGGCCUUGGAAACAAUAUUCAAGGACCGUUUUUCUAAAAACGUUCCUCGAUAGUCUAGUGGACCCCGCGGGCUGGUUGCCCUGGAGUGGUAACUUCGCGCUCAACACAUUGUACUACGGAGAGUACAUGAACACGGGCCCCGGUUCAUCAACCGCAAACAGAGUUAACUGGAAGGGCUACCGGGUGAUCACUAGCGCCACUGAGGCAUCUCAGUUUACGGUCGGAAACUUCAUCGCUGGUGGUUCGUGGUUGCCAGCGACCAACGUACCCUUCACUUCAGGCCUUUGAGUCACUUAUUAGAUAUCUCAAAUGCUUAAUAUAUCUUGUAUUGAUUUCUUAAAUUGAUAUGUUUAAAGCUCACUAGCUCAAGAAUAAAUGGUUGGUACUUAAAAAGUCCGACAUCAUAUGUAAUGGGAUUUUCUUAUAAUGGGAAUUUAUUAUUCUUAUUUUUUUUU